UAUCCAGACAGCAUUUGAGUUGCUAUACAGAGACAGAAAAACGUUUAGAUAGCUCGUACGGAGGAGAUCCACCCUUCAGAAUUAUAUGUGUAAAAUUAAAAGGAAAUCUCCUCUCGUGUCGCAGUUUCGUCUUCCGGGCAUGCGUCUAAACCAUCCCCGACAACGAUGUCAAAGGGUAAAAUUGACGUGAAAUACAAACUAUGACUCAAUAUUCUCAGAUAAUGCAAAUUAAACGUAGUAAAAUUAAUUGCAAACAUCUAGCGUAGAAAAAUUAGCCAUUUUCAUACUUAGUCUUAUGCGAGUACCCAAAAUUAGGCAAUAAUUCCAUGUCAGGAAAACCUAAAUACAGGAAUCCCAAAAGAGUUUGGAUUGAUCCCGUGUAUAUUUGAGUGGGAAAUGAGAGAAAUCUCAAGGAGAACUGUUCGGUCUGAUAUUUUGUAUUUGUGUGCUUGACUGCUUGUGAAUUUCAGUGAAGUUCACUACGAAAGUCGUGAUAUCUUUCGUGGCGGAUGUUGUUGAGGUUUUAACCGAUCACAAUUCAAAACAAAGGCAGGCAGCCUAAAUUUACGUGUUAAUUCGAACUCGAUAUUGCAUUGUAUUGCAUUGUAAUAACACUAAGUCGACAAAUUGCCGAUAAAUUUGUCGCGUUGUAAUACCACUAAAUCGACAAAUUGCCGAUAAAUUUGUCGCGUUGUAAUAACACUAAGUUGACAAAUUGCACAAAAAUUUGUCGCGUUGUAAUAACACUAGGUCACAAAUUGCCGAUAAAUUUGUCGCGUUGUAAUAUACCACUAUGUUCACAAAUUGCUGAAUAACUUGUCACGUAAUAAAACUGUCUGUCAGACCGAUUUAGACCGUCGUUCAGACCGAGUUAGACGCGGUUCGACCUCGGGUAUAGGUUAACCGCGGUUUUUGUUAGGUUAUUUCUGGAUGUGCUGUAAAUUAUCCUUCCUUUCGUAAUGUGAACUCAUUUCUGGCACUGAUAUUUUCUUUGUGUAACUGCAGAACAGGAAUUUAAAGAAUUACUUAUUUUUGUGUAUUGUGAAAGACGAUAUUGCUCAGGCACGAGGUUGGGUAAUGUUUUGAUCAAACGCGACAGUGUGGGCUAAAAUAUAUAUCGUAAAGUAAAUAUUCCUAUCUCUUUCAAGAUGAUGGACAGUAUUAAAGAAUACCUAAUACCCAAGAGAUUUAGCGUCUUAUCCUACGCAUGUGUGAUCAUCCAUUUUUCCUGUGGAUUAAUCUUUACAGCAAUUGCCAGGGAAUUUAGACUGAGCGAGAUGGAAAAGUUCAGUUGUGCUGUUGACACAAAACAUGCAACUCACAAAAGUUAUGCCGAAAAAACGUGUUUUUCAAUCUACGACGACGAGUACAACUCUCCCGUGAAAUUAUUUGCUUUCGUUCUGUUCAAUUUUGGUUCUGUUGUUGUUGUGAGUGUCGUUUAUUCGCUUGCUGUUGGCAAUCGUAUCAAAGAAGCAGAAAGACUCUCAAACGGAAGUGAUGAACCUCGAACAGUCGCCAAGAAAAGGAACAAUGAACAAGCAAAACGUAUCUGAUGAAGUUGACUUGAUCGACAUGAACACAUUUAACAAUUGUACCCCAAACAGUCGCGACAUUUACAAGCGAAAGGUUUUACAGCUAGGUCUCACACCAGACAUAAAUUAUGGUUCAAAGCAUACACCUUUGGACGACAUGUAUAUAGACCUCGUUAUCCAUACUGAACAAGCCCCACACAAGUUUUCAAAAGGAAUGGACAGGCACGAGAUCUAUGAUGUUUAUAUGAAAGUUCCCGAAAAUUCAAUACCCCUGAAAGAGAUUAAGGAAUUAUUUUAUCCAAACAAGGAUACUAAAAACGAAAUCCCUUCCACCAUUUUGGUGAUCGGCCGUCCCGGAAUUGGAAAAACUGUUCUCACCAGAAAAAUCAUGCGAGAUUGGGCAAAAGGAGAUGAUGAAAUUUAUCACGAUACAAUCGCAUUUUACUUCAAAUUCAGAUGGUUCAAUCUGGCCCAAAUGCAACAUGUAACACUUAAGAAAUUUCUUCAGUUAGGAACAGAACUGCUGAAUGAAGAUGAAUCUAAAAGCAUUUUUGAAGAAAUUUGGGAAAACCCGCAAAAUGCUACUUUCGUUGUUGAUGGUUUCGAUGAAUUUGGUGCAAACCAUGAAGGUUUUCAGAAAGUUCUAGAUCAGUCAAGAAUGUUUCCCAAUGACGAUGCUUCUUGUUCCAUGUCUGCAAUGAUUCUGUUUGUCAAAAUCUUGUCUGGCAACAUGCUACCAGGGGCAACAGUCUUGGUGACCAGCAGGCCGACUGUAAGUCAUGUUUUAAGCAAAAUGAAAUUUGACAGAACUGUUGAGAUAGUUGGAUUCACAUCGGAUAAAAUUGAACAGUAUGUUAAACAGUUUUGUGCUAAUCAUAACAGGUGCUAUCUAGAAGCAACGCUGAUGAGUCAUAUCAAAUCAUCAUCUGAACUGAUGAAUUUAUGCUACAUUCCAGUGAAUUGUUUUAUUGUUUGUGUUUCUCUGUUCGAAUGUCUCAUUGACUCAGAGGGUGAUAUUGGUGCUCUACCAACUACUUUGACUGAACUGUACGAGUCAGCUCUAGUCUAUUUCAAUAAGCAUCAUGACCGGAAUCAAAGCAAAGAAGUUUUAAAGCAACUUCAACAGUUGGCUUUCAAUGGUAUGAAAAACGAUGAACUGAUUUUCAAUGGAGAGCUAGUCGAUGAGAAAAUGAAAGAGUCAGGAUUACUAAACUUUUUACCUAAUCCAAUUUUUCAAAUUCAAAUACAGGUUUGCUUUAUUCAUUUAACUAUACAAGAAUUUCUCGCAGCGAAGCAUAUAGUGGAAACAAAAACACCUGAAGAAGUAAAAGAAUUUAUAUCUUCGCAUUUCAAGCGUGGCAGAUGGCAUCUGGUGCUUCAAUUUCUAGCUGGAUUAUUGGGAGUGAAAAUGAGGACGUCUGAUGUCUCUCAUGAAUACAGAAGCUGUGUGUUGUCGUUCAAGAAAUAUCUUGCAAUUCAAGGCACUAAGUGCGAAAUUCGACCAAAUCAUAUUUUGGUGAUGAAAUGUUUGAGAGAAGCGCAGGAUGAAGAUGUUAAUAAAGAAAUUGCUGCAAACUCUGGUUUGAAAGAUGCGACGGAGAUAUUUUGUUAUACUGCUGAUGUACCACUUCUCUCCCCAAGCGAUGUGGCAGCAAUGGUGUUCGUUUGCAAACACUUGAACGUUUUAAAUCAUUUAUACAUUAAUGGUGCACCUAGUGAUUGUUCAAUGGAAGCUCUUAAAUUGCUAAAUGAAAGAUGCAUAAAAUCACUGUCCAUGAACGAUUGUCAUCUUGGCGAGAUGGAUUGGAAGCGUUGUCCGGCGCUAUUGCAAUCUGAAUGUCAGCUGAAGCACAGUCAUUCUAAGCUUACCAAGCUCUGUUGGCCAAAAAACAAUAUUAGUGAUGCUGGAGUGGCGUAUCUAAAUGAGUUUCUCAAAAAUAAGCAUAAAGUCGGUUUGGUGGAGUUAGAUCUGUCGUUAAAUGGCAUUACUUCGUGUGGAAUUUUUACACUUGUGGAAUGUCUCAGCAGCGAAGUUUGUAACCAGCUUACUAAACUUGAUCUUGGCGGCAAUCCUCAUAUACGUGAUGAAGGCGUUCGUAUUCUUUGUAACGUAAUUCGAGAAAGGCGGUUGAAAUUUGAGAAGCUGAAUCUAUCCGGAUGUUCUUUAACCAAUGAAAUCAUACCCUGCCUUGUAAAAUGUGAACUAAAGGACUUGACACUUAGCAAUAAUAAGAUAGGAGAUGAAGGUAUGCGGAUCUUGUGCAGUGUUCUUGAACAAGGGACAUUUCCUCUCACCAGAUUGAACGUUUCCUUUUGUUCGUUAACAGACGAAUGCAUGCCGAGCUUGAGCCAGGCUCUCGGAGAUGAACGAUGUAAGCUCACUAAGUUGUAUGUAAGCGACAAUGGAAUCACAGAUAAACAUUUAUCAUUACUCUCAGACACUCUGAAACUUCAGAAUUGUUGUCUUGAAUAUUUAUAUAUUGAAGGUGUUAUUACUAAAGCUGGUGAAAAGAUCCUUAAAGUAACCAUGCAAUCUGAUAUCUGCCUAGUACGAGGUUUAAAAAUUAUCUGUAUCACACCUUUUGAAUAGAUAUUUUGAACAAUUGAACUUUAAUCCUCAACUUUCGAAUUUACAUUUCAUCGGAGAUCAUAACUUAGGUUGAGCCUCAAAGAAAUUGUAGAUAAUUAUAUUAUCAAGACAUGGUUGUAAAUUUGGUUUGUAAUUAAUAAAUAAAUACAUUUAGUUUACAUUUUAUUGGACAACAUGAUCAAAUAGCAAAGUUUUCAUUACUAAAAGUUUAAGCAGUUGUUUAAAAUUCAAUUGGUU